GACCGGCCUCUGGCGGGUCUCUCCUCCAACUUGGCCCAGCAGACCCCUCAGGGGACACCAAUGGCCAACCACAGAUUCAGUUCCGUGUCCGAGGAAGAACCCUGCUGCAACAUUUCCAAGAAAACCCAGAUCUGUCUCUGCGUCUUUUUUGGUCUCCUGAUCGCGGUGAUCAUCGCGGUGCCGGUCGGAAUCUUGAUGUGGCGCCCUCCGCCCAAGCAGUGGAAGGGGGAGGGCACCACUGCCCAUUUGUACGAGAUCCUCCUGGGACGGUGCUACACCUACACUCAAAUCGUGCGACCUGAGCUGGGACAUAAAGACUGCCAAAAGAUAGGGAAGGCAUUCACAAAGGCAUUUCUUAUGAAGGAUCCUUGCAGCAGCACAGAACAGGACUAUCAGCUGCUAAUGGAGCUGACAGAUGAAGCUGUCCCUUGUGACAAGACCCUUUUCUGGAGCAAAUCCAGCGAGCUGGCGCAUGACUACACGCGGGUCCGGCGGGACAUGUUCACGCUGGAGGACACACUGCUGGGCUACAUGGCGGACGGCCUCAAGUGGUGUGGAGACCCAGGCUCUUCUGAAAUGAACUAUCACUCUUGUCCCGACUGGAGGGAAGACUGCAGCAACAACCCUUUUUCUGUAUUCUGGAACACGGUGUCCAAAAGGUUUGCAGAAGAUGCCUGUGGUGUGGUCCAUGUGGUGCUCAAUGGGUCCAUCAGUAACACCUUUGAUGAAAGAAGCACUUUUGGACGUGUGGAAGUCUUUAAUUUGCAUCCGGAGAAGGUUAAUAGACUAGAGGCCUGGGUGAUGCAUGACAUUGGAAGUGUUCACAGUGACUCAUGCUCAAGUUCCUCCGUAAAUGAUCUGAAACAGAUUCUAAAGAGAAGGAAUAUUACAUUUUCCUGCCAGAAUAAUUACGGGCCUAUCAGGCUUCUUCAGUGUGUGAAAAAUCCUGGGGAUUCAUCUUGCUGAUCUUACAUAUGAGCCAAUCAGCACGGUCAUUUCAG